AUGGACUGUCGGUGGUCGAAAAAACUUGCCGCCAUCUCCGAAAAGACUUCCAGUGAUCGGAAACCUCCUCAUGUUCGGGAAAUCUCCUCACCGUUCGCUACAGUCUCUGUCGACGUUAUGGCCACGAGCCCUUAUUGCUUCAUUUUGGGAGCUUACCGGUUAUUCUUGUCUCGUCCGCAAAAGCUGCUCACGCUGCGAAUCGUAAUCCAGGGGAAAAUGGUGACUUACAAGUUCCAUCAGUACCAGGUGGUCGGAAGAGCUCUGCCGACGGAGGCGGAGGAGCACCCAAAGAUCUACCGCAUGAAGCUUUGGGCCACCAAUGAGGUUCGCGCCAAGUCCAAAUUCUGUUGCAUUUUGGCUUCAAGAGUUCUGUUCAAGACGAGUUUGUACUUCCUGAGGAAGCUUAAGAAGGUGAAGAAGAGCAACGGCCAGGUUCUCGCCAUUAAUGAGAUCUUUGAGAAAAACCCGACGACCAUAAAAAACUAUGGUAUCUGGCUGAGGUAUCAGAGUCGAACGGGCUACCAUAACAUGUACAAGGAAUAUCGUGACACGACCUUGAAUGGUGCCGUUGAGCAAAUGUACACCGAAAUGGCUUCACGUCAUAGGGUUCGCCACCAUUGCAUACAGAUCAUCAAGACUGCCACUAUCCCAGCCAAGCUCUGCAAGAGGGAGAGCACAAAGCAGUUUCACGACUCGAAAAUCAAGUUCCCUUUGGUUUUCAGGAAAGUGAGGCCACCUACCAGAAAGCUCAAGACCACUUACAAAGCAUCUAGGCCGAACUUGUUCAUGUAA